AUGAAGCCCGCGUGGGACAAGCUGAUGGAGGACUUCGAGAACAAGGACGUGUUGGUUGCUGACGUGGACUGCACCUCGAAUGAUGGAAAGGCCUUGUGCGAGAAGGUGGGUGUGCGAGGCUUCCCGACGCUCAAGUAUGGCGAUCCCGAUGACCUUCAGGCCUACCAGGGUGCCCGUGAAUUCGACGCUCUCAACACCUUCGCCAAGGGUCUUGAGAGGAAGCCGAUCCACCAGUAG